GGGGGAAAGGCACCAACCAGCAGUCGCUCCAGCCCUGCCGAAGUUUCACUUUUUGUCUGUGGGUUCGCUCCCGGGCCCCGCGCGAGCUUUCCCGGGAUAAGUAGCUUUAGCGAGCAGGGGGACAGCCGGGCGCUGCAAGAAAUUGAAGAGAAUCCUGAUGACUAGCGUGUUGGGAGAGGACUGAAGGAAGCCAGACCAGUUGCUGCACUCUCAGAUCUUCUCGGGUGCCCUCUGGCUCCCAGGUGACCUGCAGCAGGACCUCUGUUUUCCAUAGGUGGGAUCACUGAGGCUCAGCAACAGAACUGAAGACUGAUUCCACUCACCUGAUUCUCAGUUUAGGGCUUUUCCUAAACUGAACACUUAUUGGAGGGAAGGAAUUUCUUCUUCAAUUGCUGUUUCCCACAGGGUCCUCCCACCAACCAGGGGUCCCUUCCUGAGGGCAGUGCCCUGACGUGAAGACCCAGAGACUAGUGUUGAAGUUUGCUGAAGCUUGUGUCCACUGACCAUCCUACGAGAGCUUCUGUGGAGAUCUUCCCUUUCACUUCUUGCUUUCAUGAUGAUUACAAACUUAGAGUGAAACUGAUCUAGAACCAGAGGAAGUAAGAGCAGGGUUCCAACAAUGUCUCACCCAUCUUGGCUGCCACCCAAAAGUACUGGUGAGCCCCUAGGCCAUGUGCCUGCACGGAUGGAGACCACACAUUCCUUUGGGACCCCCAGCAUUUCAGUGUCUACACAGCAGCCACCCAAAAAGUUUGCACCAGUAGUUGCUCCAAAGCCCAAGUACAAUCCAUACAAGCAACCUGGAGGUGAAGGUGAUUUUCUUCCACCCCCACCUCCACCUCUAGAUGAUCCUGGUACUCUUCCAUCUGUCUCUGGAAACUUCCCUCCUCCACCACCCCUAGAUGAAGGUUCUUUCAGGGCACAGGGAAAUCCGGGAGGCAAGACCAUUGAGGAGAGACGCUCCAGCCUGGAUGCUGAGAUUGACUCACUGACUAGCAUCUUGGCUGACCUUGAGUGCAGCUCCCCCUACAAACCUCGGCCCCCACAGGGCUCUGCCAGUGCAACAGCCUCUCCUCCAGUCUCCACCCCUGUCACGGGACACAAGAGAAUGGUUAUACCAAACCAACCCCCUCUAACAGCAACCAAAAAGUCUACAUUGAAACCGCAGCCUGCACCUCAGGCUGGGCCCAUUCCUGUGGCUCCAAUAGGGACACUAAAACCCCAGCCUCAGCCAGUCCCAGCCUCCUACACUACAGCAUCCACCCCUUCAAGGCCUACCUUCAACGUGCAGGUGAAGUCAGCCCAGCCCAGCUCACAUUACAUGGCUGCCCCUUCACCAGGACAAUUUUACAGCCCAGGGUCAGGGCACCAGGGCUAUAACAUUCAACCAGUUCCUGUUUCUGGUCAAGGUCCACCUCCUCCAACACGGGGAGGGAUGGAUUAUGCAUAUAACCCACCCCCAGGCCUUCAACCUGAGCCUGGGUAUGGAUAUGGCCCUAACCAAGGUCGCUAUUAUGAAGCCUAUAGCCCAGCAGGGCCUGUGUAUGGAGGCAAAAAUGACUCUGAUCCUGCCUAUGGUCAACAAGGUCACCCCAAUACCUGGAAACGGGAACAAGGGUACACUCCCUCUGGGACAGGAAACCAGCACCCUACUGGCAUGUACCCAGUUGCCGGUCCCAAGAAGACCUAUAUCACAGAUCCUGUUCCAGCCCCCUGUGCACCACCACUGCAGCCAAAGAGUGGACAAAUGGGAUCAAAGGGGCCUCCAGCUAGUCCACCCUCAUUCCGCCCUGAAGAUGAACUAGAGCACCUGACCAAGAAGAUGCUGUAUGACAUGGAAAAUCCACCUGCCGACGAAUACUUUGGCCGCUGUGCUCGCUGUGGGGAAAAUGUCAUUGGGGAAGGGACAGGAUGCACUGCCAUGGACCAGGUCUUCCAUGUGGAUUGUUUCACGUGCAUCAUCUGCAACAACAAGCUCCGAGGGCAGCCCUUCUACGCCAUGGAGAAGAAAGCCUACUGUGAGCCCUGCUACAUUAAUACCCUGGAGCAGUGCAGUGUGUGUUCCAAGCCCAUCUUGGAGCGGAUUCUCCGAGCCACCGGGAAGGCCUACCAUCCUCACUGCUUCACCUGUGUGAUGUGCCACCGUAGCCUGGAUGGGAUCCCAUUCACCGUGGAUGCUGGCGGCCUCAUCCACUGCAUUGAGGACUUCCACAAGAAAUUUGCCCCUCGAUGUUCUGUGUGCAAGGAGCCUAUCAUGCCAGCCCCCGGGCAGGAGGAGACUGUCCGAAUUGUGGCUCUGGAUCGUGAUUUCCAUGUUCACUGCUACCGGUGUGAGGAUUGUGGUGGCCUCCUGUCUGAAGGAGAUAACCAAGGCUGCUACCCUUUGGAUGGACACAUCCUCUGCAAGACCUGCAACUCUGCCCGCAUCAGAGUGUUGACCGCCAAGGCUAGCACCGACCUUUAAGUUCAGUGGCCUGUUCAGCUGGUUAGUUGGUGGUACUGAGAAGAAUAAAACACCAAAAGAAGAAGAAGAAGAAGAAGAAGAAGAAUACUAAGAAAAGCAAUAGGAAAAUAGAAGAAAGGCAUUCAAGCUAUAGGAUGGUCUCUGUUCUUCAUGUAGUAGGAACCUUUCUGUAGAAACACAUAGAUUAUAAGAUUUUUUUUUAAAAACGUUCUUACCAACUACAUAUUUCACAUUUAGUUAUGUAGGACCUUGAUGGGCCUUUGUUCCCAAGGGCUUCCACAUUUUUGCACGGAUUAUGCUCCAUCCCAUUCACUUCUGCAUUCCUGUACACUUUAAUCCCUCUGUUUGUCUCACUUUUCAUCUGGUUGAAUGGCUUUUUUUAGUGUGGUAUUUGCUGUCGCACAGAUUUUCCUGGGUGAGUCUGCCCACUCACAGGUGCUUUUAGGCUUGAAGUCUCUCCAUCCUAUCAUGUCCAUGUUGCCUCUGAUCAUAAAUGAUAGUUGUUCUCUUUGUGUAUCGAAAAGCAUAUCUUUCUGUUGCUCUAAACGGUCAUGUCCCUUGGCAGGGGAGGGAGGGAAAUAUACAACUUAUAUGUUAGACUAUAAAGAAUUUAAGCUGUAAAUUAGAUAGGUUAAAAGAAGCCCACAUUUGUAACCAUCCAAAUCCAAAUCUAUAGUGACCAGUUGUCAGGGCUCAUUUGAAAACAGGUAUUAGUAAAAGAGGUCCAAACUUCAAUGUUUUUCUAAAGAAAUUACAGGUAGAAUAUGCUGGAAAAAACAUUUGGGGUUAAGUUUGAAAAGCCCAUUAUUAUCCCACAAUAUCAUCUGAAGAUUCCCCUUUGCCGCCUAGACACAUUACAGACAAACUUGUUUGUCUCUAGAAUAUAACAUUUUCUGUACUGGCCUACUUUUCAUAUCAGAAAUCUUGAUUUUUUUUCUAAUAUUCAAACAUGACAACCAAAAUUGAUUUUUUUCUCUAGUGAAAGAUAGCUUUAAAGAGCUGUUCAAUUCCCUGCUCCCCAGGCCCAGGUCCUUUUGCCUGGUAAUUGCUAAUCAGGGCACACAAAAUAAAAUUGUGUAGUUUUGUCUAGUUUACUUUAAAAAGACAGGAAAACUUGAAGAGUGUGAAACCACAGUUUCAUUAUUCUCUUAAUCCUUCUGCAACUGAAAUUACAUAUCAUAGGAGACUUUUGAUGUGACAUUUCACCACACUUUCAAAGACAAUCACUGAAAAAACAUAGUUGCCUUUCUGUGCUAAAAAUAUGCAGAGUCUCUGCCUGGAAUCUUUAUUCACACUCUGCCGGGCAGGGAAAUGCUUGCUUGCGGACUGUGGAACCAUACUUCAUUAGGUUCUAACUUGUUUCUUUCAUGAAGAGACACCUAUCUUAAUAACGGCAGGUUGCCGUCUUUAAAACUGAUUAAUAUUUUGGAUUGAGAUUUCUUAAACCUUCUUCAAAUCUUCCACAAGUAUAUACUUUUAAAUUAUGAAGUAUUUUAAAUAUACACAAAAGUAUAAAUAAUAAUAUAAUGAGUCCCUGUAUAUGUAACACCCAGUUUAAGAAAUCAAAUAUAACAAAUAUAGUUACAUUCCCCUGUGUACCCUUCCCUGAUUCCACAAAUAGAUUUUUCAUGAUUUUAAAGUAAUAGAGUCAGUUUUUCAGUCUGAUUUUUUUUUUUUUUGAACACGUAGAACAGAAAUGAAAAAAAAAAAAAAUUCUGCAUGUUUUAAAUUGCAACCCAUGCCUCAGGAAUUCCAAUUAAAUAUAUUUUACUCUAGUAAGAAUAAUCAUAAAAAUGGUUCUUUUUUUCUUUCUUUUCUUUUUUGUUUUUUUUCAAUAAGAAAUUCUUAAGCCUGUGGUCACUAUAGUUCAUCCAAGUUGAUUUGUGGCUCAUUUGCUUUGGUCACCAAACAGUUUUGUUUUAGAACCUCCAACAUUAUAUCUUUUUAAAGUUGUUUUUGACCACUGUCCUCUCCUUACCUUACUGCUCUUAUCUUUGAUCUUAAACUUCUCAUAAUGUGAACUACAAUGGGAUUCACUUUGAGUAGCAUGGAGACAAUAGCGAUUGUAUGUCUGAAUUUCUGUCUUCCAAAUGAAAGCCCAGACCAUGCUGCUGACCUCAAAGAGCACUGACUGUUAGACAAUCGGGGUGAUAAUAUAAUCUGUUUUAAUUGCUUCAGUAACUUUGUUUUCUAUGAUAUGCUUGGGAAAAACUGUCUUUAGGCCCAAAGCAAAGAGCCCAAUUUAUUAAGAAAUGGAUUUUUAUCUCUUGAAUAGCAGUCAUAUUAGUAUACAUUUUGCCAAAAAAGGAAGAAUUUAUGAAAUAUUUAUACUAUGAAUUGCAAUAACAUUCUACUUGUUUGUUACAUUGAAGUCCUUAUGUAACUGAAUGUUUACAAGCAACAAAGAAAAAAAGAAGAAAAUACUGUCACAGACCCAUCAGUGUGGCUGUGCCAGGAUACUGCUUGCUUGCAAUCUUUAUAGUGCGUUUUUAUCACAUAACCUCAGAGUAUCUUUACCAAAGAUUUUUAAAAAGUAAAUCUUUUUUAAUAUAGACUUAUUAUACUUUUAUAUAAUAAUGAAUGUGCACACAUACUUAAGCAGAAAUAUUUAGAUUUCUUUUUCUUUCACAAGGUAUAAUAAGGAAAGGAUCCUACAAUAUUUUAUUCCAGGAUUUCUUAUAUAUAUGAUCUAUAUUGCUUUCUUAUAUUGUCUAUUAAUCUUUUAGUUUAAACAAUGUCAAAUCACUCCUUACUGUUUUAGUUACAUGAAAUGUUGCCUAUCACAGAGAUUUAAAGAUCAUAUUACCUUAAUGAUUAUAGUUCUAUUGUCUUUUGAUAUAUUGUCUUAAUUGUUGACAUUUAAAUUCAAAAUAAUAGAAAAAUAUCAUGGAGUCUAUAAGAGAAAGUUGGUAAAAAUAUACUGGUUUUAAAAAAUUGUCAAGAAUACAAAUAUUUGGUAAUUCUAUGUAACAUGAGAGACAUGGGAGAAGGGAAAAAAAAACCCAUUCUGUCAUGAGCUGUGCACAUCAUUUUAAAACCAGAUUUCUUCAUUGCCUUGAUUUCCAGCUCCUGCUGACUCAAUGUGGAAGUACCAUAUGCAAACAAAAUUGCCUUUAAAGUGUAAAAAGAAGUCAUUGUUCCAGCAUAAAGCAACAAGGCUUUGAGAUGCUGGAAAUCUCUGCAGCUCAAAGAUGUGGGUUCUUUUUCUUCUCAUUAACAAAUUGUUUCUGUUGGAGCAACUUCCCUGAUCAAAAUUACUGCAUUGUGGAUAUGCUGAUUAAUGCAGUGGAGUUAUCAACACUGUAACUGUGUUCUCACUAUGAAAGAUCCUUCAGAGACGCUUAGGGUGAUGCUUAAAGUGUAUAGAACGCUAACUAUGUUUAAACAAGUAUUUUUAUCUUGGUCCAGAGGAAGAAAGAGAGCACUUCUACCAUAGGCUAUAGUAGAGGGUUUUGUGGAACAUAGCAAGGGCUCUGAAAACACAACUUUCCCACAGUUUUCCUCGUUAGUAAAAAUCCUGUUAAUGUGAACCAGCCAGGAAUAACAGUGCUAUUUCUAUGUGAUAUGGUUUGGGCUACUCUUGUCAAAUCUGUGUCUGUGGCCCCCUGAUCCCUCUGUUAUCAAGUUCUGAAGGGUGUUGGGGAAAUGCUGGCAGCUGCUAGGAAAAUCAGGGAAACACUGGUGUAACCUCACAGCCUCUCGCCAGUCCUCUUGGCUUGGAAAGGCUUUUUUUCCAUAUACAUUUCUAGAAAUAUUGCUAUACUACCUUAGUAUUUCACAUUUGUAGUUUAAACAAGCGAUUGUCCAUCUGUUGCCUCGAGCUACAGUACAUGUGUGUUAUGAAAUAUGACAGCAUGUUCCGUACCCUGCUUUAGCCAUCUGUAGAAAACCAGUAGGCUGAAAAAGAUAUACCUCUGCGAAAUGUUCCUCGAGUCCCUUUCCUGAGAUUGCUCUUUUGGUGCACUUUCGUGGGAGACAAUCAGUGAACAGCAUCUAUGUGGGCCUUAUUUUUAAAGAAUCUUUACACUACAUAGGAAUACUCCACUGAAGCAUCUAUAACAUAAAUAUUGAUCCCUAAAUCUCAGAGAUAUCUUCAUCAAAAAUGUCCAACAAAAUCCAGAGAGAUCUGAACUCUUCAUCUUAAACUAUGCUAAUAGUAUUUCUUUUCUCUUUUAUGUCUUGGAAGUACCUUAUGGAUUCCUAAAUUGGGGAAACAUUCUUAAUGGCCACAAGAUGAUAUAUUGGAUGUUGUUAGUGAUAAUGUUUGGUCUUACUCUGGUUUUAGUCAGAUAAUGAAGACAAGACUUCACCUUAGACCUUUAACAGCCAUUCAGCAUAUCUACUUUUUUUAAGUUGCCAUCGUUUUUUGUUUGUGUGUUUUUUUAUUUAAUAGUGGACAGCACAAGUUGAGAAUCCUUGUUCUGAGUUAUUACAGUGCAACCAUGAACAUUUCAGGUUAAGUUAUUUACUUCACAGAUAACUAUAAUGAAAGUGUUCUCAUGAGGCUAUUGCUUGGUUAGCAUAUAAUUUCAAACCUUUAAAAGAUGAUCUGAUUAAAACUGCAACUUAAUGAAUUGUUCCUUCUUUUUCUCUCUCCUUUUUUCUUCUGUCCUUCUUCUCUUACCAUCUUGCCUCUCUCCUCUCUAUCCUGCCUAUUAAUGCUAUCCUGCUUGGGAUUCUCAUAAAUAAAUCAAUGCAUUAUAGUCCUUAUGAUAUUAUGAUCAUAAUAAGGGAAAAGGGCUACCACAAAAUAUAUGUGGCAUCCAUAAACCCUUUCUUUAAAAGGGCAUAUAUUUCCAGAUUGUGUUUAUUUGUAAAAUGAGAUAAUAGAGUCUUUGAUUUUUAUUUUAAUGAGCUUUCAUCAAGGACUCAGAUCAUAGAAUUCUUGGUAAAUUCAUUUAUGACUGGCCUUCUUUUCUCAGGUAAAUGCAAAGUAAUCAUUCUAAGACUAGCUUAAGAUUCUUCUGUUUUAAUCCAAAUCAUUUUUGACCAACAUAACAAUGAUAUUUAUAGUGGUGGCAUGUUAUUUUAUUCCACUGAAACUUGAUAAUUUUUCUUAAGGCAAGGAAAAACUAUUAUCCUUCAGGAAUUUUUAUACAUAUCAGCAUUUUGCCCAUGACAAUGAUAUUUAAUCUUAAUAGUUGAAUCACAAUAUUUUACUUAGGGUAGGUCAGCACCAGAGUUGUUCCUAGAACACAUAUUACUGGCCUUUAGUCUGUUGAUAAAAGCAAUCUGAGAACGAGUCUGUGUCUCGCAUUGAAGUAUUCUGUUAAAAUUUAGGUCUGAGAUUCUUUGAACUCUGGCUAAUCCUGGUAAAAUAUGGCCUCUUAUCCUUUUGUUUCUGUGUGUGAAAAAAAAAGCUUAUAAUUCUAGGACUAUGUUUCCAAUUUUUGUUUUUAUCCUCACUUCCAUUUUCUACAUGUUUUCACAAGGUUGGCAUUGAUUUUCUUUUUGGGGUGGGUUACCUCUGAGGAAAGUAAAACAUAAUGCAUACUUAAUUCAAUAUAUAAAUAAAAUUGCCAAGAAAUAAUGAGAAGUCCCAGUGAGUAUGUGUUGCUAGUUAAAAUUUUUUUGUUGUUUUGGUUUUGGUUUUGUUUAACCUAUUUCCAAGAAAAGAAGGAUUCAGAAGGAGAAGGAGGGAUUUGAGAGCAGAGGUAGUCUACAAUUAAAACUAUGGCAACACAGUUCUUACAUAGUGUAAUUCUGAGAAUUUUUAUAACUUGUUUUAGGGAUCAGCAAUCACAGUUGUUUAAGAAGGUAAAAUACAUAUGUUUUCAAGUUAAUGAGGUUUUUAAAAAUUACAAUGACUACUAAUAUAUGUUUUCCCCUGUCAGAAGAGAGUAAAAUGAGAGCUGCUGCUAGGUCCCAUGGCAUGGCCAUCACUACACCAGAAAUGUUAUACUGCAUGACCUCUCAUCCCCUCUGAGAGGAGGGCAUAGCUCACCUCUUUCUGAGAGCUGGUGAUGCAUAUUCUGACAUAUUCUUUGGCAAACUGCUCUACAUGCUGAGCAUCUCUGCAGAAAGAGGUUUCUGUAUUCACACAAUGUUUUAUCCCUUUCCAAUGUACUUACCUAGUGAGCACAGUAAGUAGGAUUUUUUUUGUGGUUCUCUUGUUCAUAUCAUCUACUUUCUGUAAUGUCUUCCCUAACAACUAUACUAUAAUUGAUUCAUAGUUGUUUUCUUUUUAGUUGUAAACACAGAAAACUAAAUAUAAAAUAGCAUAUUUCCCUUCAAUAGAGAAAGGAGGGACACUUAUUCCUUUCUCUAUUAUACUUUCCUGCCCCUUGUGCCAAAAAAUUUGUGACUUAAUUGUAAUUAUCCAACAUGCAGGUAGCUUAUUUUGGGGAAAGUUGUAUAGAAUAUGCAUUUUUACUAAACUCAGUGACAUCCCCCCCUUUGAAAUUACAAGAAAUUACUAAACUCUUUGCUCUUCGUUUCUAAUUAUUUAGUGUACAGCACUCUCUAACCACAAUAAUAAAUAUAUCUAUUUCCAUUCUUUGUUAUAAAUAAAAAUUCAUAUUUACAAGUGAAAAUGUACACUAGAGAGGAGGAAACCCUAUACUAAUUCCUCUGGAAAACUUUAAGAUGCUUGCAUUAGAUUCCCCUACUGUAUGUCUUUAUUAACUUUUCCGAGGUUCCCAUCCAUUUAGGGGCAAGAGACAACUUCAUUUUAUCUGAUAGACAUUAUCUAAUAUACCCAAAUGGAGGCCUUAUUCAGGACCCACAAAUACUUUCAAUCAAGUUGGCACAGAACUUAGCUUCUAAUUCAGUUCUCAACCCCAGGAGUAGAAUGAUCUACCAAGAAUGAGACUGGUGUCACUAUGCCAUCUUGUAUCCUACACCAGUGCAGAGGGCUAUAGCUGACGCCAAAUGCCAGUGUUGUUCCUAGACUCUUAAGACCAACAUGUCCCUUGGAAUCAUGACCCUUUAAGUAUUUAAAUUUCCUCUGUUGUUUUUUGUUUUGUUUUUCCCUGAUAUGUCACAUCCCACAUCUUCUUAGACUACCCAUAGCAGUCCAUUCUACCUUUAGGGUCACUCUUUUCUACAAAAGUUCUCCCUUAUGUUGAACAAAAAUCUGGCUCUGGGGUUAUGCAAAACAAGUUUAAUCUCUAAAUCUUUGUCUGUAGGUCAGAUAUCAAUAACUUACAAUUUUCUCUCAUUUAUUGACAUUCAAGGCCAAUUACCUUUCUGCUUUUCCUCUGAACAGUUGGACCAAAAGAUAUUUCUUACUUUCUUUUAAUAUAUCCAGUGAAACAUAGCAAUCAGUUUUGUUCAAGCUGGGUGAAAAUACUUUCUUCAGAGUUGAAAGUAAAUGGAAUUUGAAUCACUGAAAGAAAACUGAUUCUCAAUGUAGAAAUUUCUUCCAAGGUCUCAAAUCCAGGAUAGAGUGCUAGAUCAGAUAGAGCUCCCAUGUACAAAACUUGAUAUAUUGUACUGGUUUUGAUGUUGCCAAAAUCAAAGCCAUUCUGAAAACAAGAAGCAAACUACUUGGUAAAUAUUCAUUAAGUCUCUUCAACCCUUUCCUUUUUUUCCUGCCUUCUCAAAAAAAAGGUGUUUCCAUACUGAACAUGCAAAAGACUCCUGGAUACUUUAUAGGUUCAACAUAAAGAUGUACUGGCUGAUUUGUUUUGAGAUUCACUUCCAUUCUUCUGUGUUCCAGUGUUUAUACCCAGAGAUGUUGCACUUUAGACCAAGUGAGCAGCUUUCCUACAUGAGCAAUUAGCAACUAUCCUUAGGAGUUCAUAUUCUUUCUUUACAUUUGUCCUUACUCAUUUCUUUAAUUUAAUCAUCUCUGUAAGAGAAUUAGCCCCUAAGUAACUUUGAUUCAGGACAACUGCAAUAAGAUCCAGCAGGUUCCAUUGGUACUCCAUAGGAAGGAAUAGAGUGUCAGAUAGAGUCAGGAAGAGUAAUUCUCCCCAAUAAGGCUUAGGGAGGAGUAAAAUCUGGUAAGCAAUCUUGAAUUGAUGCAUUAACUGAUUUAGAGUUGAGGGAAGAAUAGUUAAGGCACCAGAAAACAACAGAGAAGCAGAAGCUACACUCAAAGAAGACCCUCUGCUUUAAGUAUCAUGGAUUCUGGAACUUCCCUAACAUGAGAAAAGUCUUCCAGAUAUUCAGGGUUAAUGGGAAGGAAAAGUCAUAGAGGAAGCCAAAUUCAAUUUUUUAUUUGCUGUUUUACUUAUUCCUAAUUGAAAGAUAGGACGAGUUGCCAAAAUGUACUACAGCUAUACAGCUUUAAUUAUAACAUACAAAAUGUGUAUUCUAACUGAUUCAUAGCUACAUACUUCACUCUUGCAGCAAACAUGCCUGUCUUUUGGACCCCCACAAGAGAGUGAGCAAGGCAGCCCUAUUUUCCUAUGGCUUUUAGGUCCACAAUUAGAAAGGACUCCACAACCACCUAUUCCAUCUAGUGUUAAAAAUCCCUUACAUAUUCAUUGCUGAGUGAUAAUACAGGCUCUGCUUAAACAUCACAUGUGUCCAUGAGCUCAUCACUUCUUAGGGUCCUCCAUUUGCUCUUUUACACUUUGUUCCAAGUCCCCCGCUGACUAAAAGAACCAGCUUUUGCGGCUUAUCUUUUUCUUGGUGCCACACAAAAGUCAUCUUUAGUUUUAAAAAAUGUGGCUUCCUUCCUCCAUUUUCAUUUAAAAUAUUUAUUUUGUUUUUGGCAAUAUAUUGCUUGUUUAAAAAAGCAGCUUUGAAUCUUAGCUGAAGCUUAUAUAAAUAUUUAAACAUUCUUAAAAAUAGUGAAGGAUCCUAUGAGGGUCAGGCUUAGAGGUCAUGAGUGUUUUAUUGUGUUCUUUACUUCUUUCUUCGAAAGACAAACUUUCCUGUCAAUUGUUAUAUAGCUGUAUGGAUUUGCCCAGAAACUGUCCCAUGAACAGCACCCUCUAGGUAUCUGGCCUUAACCUGUUGGGAAAUGUCAGGGUGAUCUUCACUUUUAACACGGGAGAAGUCAAAAGCAAAAGACAGUGGUUCUGUAAAACCUCAUUUCUUCUAGCCAGUCCAGGGCAAAAGAAUGAUUAUUCUGUUAUGGUUUUAUGUAGAAAGGUAUAAGUUCUUUUAUUAUUGCCCUGGGUUGCUAUUUAGUUUCAAUAGCAUUUUUUGGUCUAUGGGGGGGACAAGGCUUACGGCUCCUUCCAGCCCAGUUUUGAAUUAGAGAGCCCUGUCGGCAGAACCUGUCAUCAGUCUCCUGGGCAGGACCUGGGGGUGGUAUUCUGAGGUUUAAAAUAAUAAUUCCUAAGAGAGCUUACAAACUUCUUUUGCACAUAAAACAGCCCUGGGAGGAAGGUUAUUAAUAGCCCUAUCCUAGAAGAGAAAGCUGAGGCUCAGAAUUGUUCAGUGACUUGCCAAGAGCGAUGCAGCUGGUAAGUGGCAAAUUUUGGGAUGAACUCUAGGCUUGCAAGUCCGGUGUUCUCUUCAGUGGCCACUGUCAUGGCACAAAGUGCCAGGGCACAGUGUAUACUUCUCACAGGCUAAAGUACUUCCUGUCUUAGGGCAUCCAAGGAAAUUCACGUAAACCAUUUAGCUCCCAGGUGGCAAAUCCAUUUGUGCACUGUAGGAGACCAUUUAGAGCUAGCAUAUUGUGUCAUCUUGUGGGAAAUGACUGUGAUGGAGACAGUGAACAAAGGCCACCGUGAAGAACAAACAACUGUGGCAUGGAAGCACACGGCACAAAUUUCCCCAGAGAUGGUUGGUUUACUUUACAUUAACUGAAAAGCUCUUGGGGACUAUGAGGUUCAGAACAUCAGCCAAGUUCCUAUAGUUUAGAAUUCAGGGGAGUGCACAAGUGACUUGAUCCUUAAGACAAGUGUCUCUCCUGUGGGCUACAAUGUGUGCCCCACAGAGGGAAAAACUGCUGAAGGUAAACAAUGCAUAUCAUUCUCUCCCAGGCAUUUCCAAACCAGACAAGCAACCCAUGACCUUCAAACGUCUGUGAACAAAUACGAUGGGACUGAUUGUGAUCCUGAGAUUUGUCCUUUGCUGUGGGUAGACCGGACUUCAAGGGCUGUUGUAAUUUUGUGACUUGUGCAUGCUGUCACAGGGAUUUGGUACUGUGUUUCCAGGAUGCUCACUGGGAAGCCUCUGUGUUGUUCUGGAAGCUGUCCUACAUGGCAGUUCAACAACUGGCCGUCCUUCUUGAUCUGCUUCCCUCAGGAAGCUGUGCCUUUUAAUGUCUGCUCUUGGGUUUUUAUUUCAUCCCAUUUCUCUCUUAGAGUUGUUUGGCUUUCGGUUAAAAUCUGUGACUCUGAUUGAAAGAUAUUCUUUUUCAUCUGAGUUGAAUCUACUGCAGGAAACCUUUAAAAUGAUCUUGUCUAAUAAGCUUUCCAGACAUUUUCCCUCCCUCGAGUCUGCCAUCCUUCAAGCAGGCAUCAUCAUCUGUCUGCUUAUUCCUAGGGAUUAACGAAGCCAAGCUACAUAACCUCUUUCCACUCUUCACACCUGGGAACUACAGGCGGGGCCUGCCAGGCCAACAGAGUAGUAACCUGGGCUGAGAUGACAACAUUUAGAGUUUGGGAAGGUGCCUGAUGGGUUGGAAAACAGUUCUUGUAAAGUAGACGGAGCACCCCCACCCAGGGGUGGAUUAAUACAAAAAGCAUUUCGAGAACUUUGCAGAGUCAUCUAGGUAAGUUCACCUGAGAAGAGACUCUCUUGGGUGGAACCUGUGACAUGUUAUUAGAUGACAUAACAGGACAGUUAGGCAGUGAAUAUGAAAAAGACACCUUUUAAAAAGAUAAAAAGAGACACAGCCUCUGAUUUAUCUUUCUGUAAUGUAAAUUAUUAAUAAAAAAUACUCUUCCUCCAUUCUACACAUUACAGUCCCCUGUAUUUAGUAAAAAUACAAUUAUGUUCUUUUUAAAACACACACCCUUGCUCGUGCAUGAACACACACACACACACACACACACACACACACACACACACACAUCUUCCAAGAAAGCUGAUACUUCAAAAUAGAAAUCUUAUUUUCAAACACUUGGGUUUUUAGGCCAGAAAAUUAAUAAUUCCUAGACCUGACCCACUUUUUGUGUGUGUGUGUGUGGCUGCCAACAAGGAAAAGGAAAAUUUAUUUAAAUUUUCUAUGGAUCCAAUUAUCUCUUAAAAUAUUCCAAAGCAAUUUGAGAUGGGGCUGGAAACUAAGGUAUUUCUCUCUUGCUUGAUUCACUUUUUAUAUUUUUAUCUGUUGGGAAAGGGUAAGGCACUAUUCCUGGGUGAUUACUAUGUUGCCACUUUGUACAGUGUCUGCUUUGCUUUGCACUGAGGCAUAGGAUUAAUAGUUGCUUUCCUGACUCCAUUUCCCCUGUCAAGAGAGAGUAAAUAUUAAGCCUGUAAGUCUUCCCCACCAAAUUAUUUAACUCUGUUUCUGAACUAGUUUAGAAAAUGUGAAAUAAGGAGAACUAGUUUUUCUUAGAUACCUUUCUCCUUUCUUCCCCCCCACCCCCUUGGGGACGUAUAUAUAAAGCGGGGGGGGGGGGGGAUCUAGUUUCUUCCAAUUUAUUUUUCUCUUUGGGUAACAGUUGAUGAUCACUUAAUAAUGAUAAUAAACCAGAAGUAGAAGAAUAGAAAAGCCAGGUUAGGAUGAAUUUGCCAAUGAGUUUCACUCCUUUGUACAUAGACUUUGAGAUGAAAAGGGGUUUUACAAUUUAAAUACCAACAAUAGGAAUGACCUCAUAUUUUAACUCUCAAGUAGUAAAAGACAAAUUGAUAUGUGGGCAGUGUCUACAUUUUACUAAUUAUGUAUAUUCUCUGCUUAGUUUUUAGAUGAAUAUCAAGUACAUCAACAUUUGAGGGUGAAAUUGCCAAAAAAAAAAGAGUUAAAAUGCCUUCCACCUUCCUCACAAGGUAGAAAAUUGAAACUGGUAUAGAUGGUGCCAGCCUCUAAUUCAAGUGAGGUAUAUCCUUGGUGAGAGAAAUUUUGAAAUAUCUUUUCACCAAUAGUUUAUUAUGAAGUAAUUGCAAAAUAAUUUUUAAACUACUUUCUAAUACUACCCAUUUAUUCUCCUGGGAAAGCUGAUGAACAAAUUAUCCAAAAAUUAUUUUCUUAUUAAACAGAGUCAGAAUAUUUUCCUCUAAAAAUCUGAAUUAUGCCCUCAUUCUUUUUCAGGAAACAUAUCAAAGAGCAAAUGGAAUUAAAGAUAAUACUAUAUUGUCUGAUUCUUUAACAUGAAUAAGAUUAUCAUGUGAUUUGAUGUGCCUGAAGUGAAAACUUAGAUGCAAAAUGUUCACAGCUGACUAUAGCACUGAGCUUUUACCAUGUCUUCUAUGCAAUUAUUUACUUCGACUUUUUGUUUGGUUUUGUUUUUGCAACUUCACCUUUUCAUUAGUGUCAUAGAUUUGGGCUCUCUCUCUCUAGUGGGAAAAUGUGCAAUUAUGAUACGCAUCCAAAAAAGGAAGGGAAAAACUUUCUAAGUAGCAACGCUGUGACAUGAAGCAGACGCCACAUGAAGAUGCAGAGCCCAAGGACAGUCAUUUUCCCCGAGCCGCACACGCACGCUUUUCUUUCAUGGCUCUGUCACAGGCUUUUCUCCUUCUGUGCUGUCACCUUUGAGAAAAAUGAUUGCACCUUCUCCAAGUCUGCCUUUUAACAGCUACAGUGGAGUUGGCAAGACUUCCCCUAGCUCUGAAUAUAGCCAUUUGCCGACUCUGGCCUCUGCGAGACUGACUCAAAUCUGUGAUCUUCUGUUCAGCAUACACAUCAGCAAAGUGAGAAGAUGAGCCCUAAAUAUAGGCUCUAUUAACUUUACUUUUAGAUUUACUGCCUUCAGAAAGUGCCUAUUCUGAGAAAUAUAAACAUUAUUCCUCCAUAUGUAUGAAUACACACGAUACCCAGAGCCCUACUGUGCAGCCUCAAAAACAUACCAUCCGCAACGGUAGGUGCUGAGAUAAGGAAACCUUACCGAAUGGAAGAAAGUCACUCAUUUCCAAUAUCCCCUCAUGAGUGGCACCGUGAAAUGGCCUGCAAACACAUCCCCUGAGAAUUCCGUGCUGAUACAGCCACUUUAUAUUUAUAUCCUCCUGGAUGCUGGCUUAUUGCUGAGGUUUCUUGUACUCAGCUUCAAGGGAAUAUAUGCUUUAUGCAAUUGGAACAUUUAGUCAGGAAAAAAGAAAUUGUUGAAGAGAAUAGAGCCAGAGCCUGUAUUAGGAUAUGUGUCAUAUGUGUGUUUUAUAAACUAAGCAUCGGUGGGUUUAUAAUGUCAGCACAUUUCUUCUCCUAUCUCUCAGGCUAACAUUAGUAAAAACUAAAGAAAAAGUCUUGGCUGUGAGGGUUGGAGGCUCAGGGGGGCAAAUGUCCUUGCCAAAUCCUCGGAGCAUCUUUACUCUGACUCCUAAAAAGAGUAGCGCGUGUUAUUUAAUGGCUUUUGUUUUCCAAGUUCCACCCCUGACGUUGUAACUGCAGACUUUGUUGAUGGAGCAGCAGCACAGCUGCAACAAUAGGAGAGGGCCCAGGUAAUUAGGACAAGGUAGACAGUUUCCACCAUAUGUGGAAAAGGGUUAAGGGAGGACGUGCUUCCAAAAAAGAUCUUUCUCAAUGUGUCGUCUGACUCAACCAGCUGGCAAAUUACACUUGCCAAGUCGCUCUCUUUUCUUCUAACUCAGUUGGCUCCAGGUUCACUUGAAUAGGCCUCUGCUUUGGGAAAGUGAGACACCUCCAGUUAGCCUUUCUCCAAGGACGCUCUUGACAUCUUAAUCACAAAGUUGUCUCCUACCCCACCAGGUUUCACCAAAUACAAUUACAGGGGUCCAAGCUGUGGAAGAUGCUUUCCAUGCCAUUGGAGCCACCAUUCCGCUUUCCAUAUAAGGAGCCCCACUCUGGAAACUAGCAAUGAGGGUGAAAGAGAUAACUAUUUCAGGAUUUCACCCUACUUUAAUGGUCAUCAUUUUAUGAGACCAGUUGGCUUCUUGGAGAAAGAGUGAUACUCUUCACCAACAGUGCCUGCCCUUCUGUUAGUGUUCCUUUUAUUGUUUUACCUUAUCCAAUUUGAACACUAAUCAUUUUCUACUUUAUAGAAAAUAAGAAUUUAGUGCAAGACAUUUGUCCAAAAAUCUCUGUGCAAUGUCAGAAGGGACAAUGUGAUAUAGAGGUUUUCAACUCUGGAAACACAAUGCACUGGGGAGGAGCAUAGCUUUCCUCCAGGUUUCAGUCUGAUGAUCAUGGCUAUGAAAGAGAAUUUUAUGUAAAUGUUAAGUCGUGUUUACAACUGGAUAGAUCUAGGAAAAGUGUGUGUGUGUGUGUGUGUGUGUUGGGGGGCGGGGGUGUCAGGGAGAAGCCAGGUUUUCUCUAUGCUAAAUGUGUCUACUAAAAGCAAGAACUCCCCACCAACUAAGUGCAGUCACAGCUCCUCUGUGAUCACCAACAUUCCCUGACUUAGGGAAAACCAUACACAAAAUGUAUAGGGAAUAUGCCUUUUUCACAUGUGUAAUGCUGACCAAGACCUGAUAUUCCUGAAAUGUAAAUUUCCAUUUGUUAUUUCUCCACUACAUCAUGAACCAUCACUUACAUAUCCAAAAUAACCUAUGUGGCUCCUUAUGAAAAUAAGAGAAUAAAACCUGUUAAAAGCAAAUGAUUUGUGUAUUUCCUGUUGUAUUUAUGUAUUAUCAAACUAUAUUAAAAUAUGUUUCUAUUUACCUUCCAUCAGUUUUUUCUAUCAAUUAUAUUUUUCCAAUGCUCUAUAAGAAUAAUUAUGAAAAUCAUUCUUUUUUUCUGUAAGAGAACUGCAACUACUUUAUUAUAUUUAGAAAUUCAAUAAACUUCUUAUUACUUUUA